AUGGGGAACAUUGAGAAUCGCCAAGUGCCGACAACAUUCUCCCAGCACUUUGUAGACAUUGGACUUUCCAAUCCGCUUUGGAACUCCAUGGAAGUGGAGGGGCAGAGGAGACGGAAGAAAGGAAAGGUGUAUCCACCCAAAACGUUCCCCAUCCGCCAGCGACUGAACGGUGGUGAAAACGGCUGCCGGUUUUGCCUUGGUCACGCUUCCAGCUUCAUCCGUCUUCGGACGUAG